AUGGCUCCAAAGACUGGGUUCAAAAUCCCUCAACCUUGGGACACAAGUAGACCUAUACUUGAUGAAAAGGAUCCCCUGUCGAUUGAGGCAUAUUUGCGUCACUGCGCGCAGAUCGUGGAGGAUGGUGGCAUCACAGAUGUCAAACAAGCAAAAAGCAUGUACAUUCGUUAUUUGCCGUCGCGGCAAGUGAUGGACGUAUGGGAAGGUCUUGAUACCUACUCCGACGACAUGAAAACUGUCGCGGAGUUCGAGGCCGAAAUCUUAAAAGGAUACCCUGAGGUGUCCAAGCGAAAAACGGGGACCAUGGCAGAUCUAGAUAGACUCUGUCGCGAGAACCGUGGAAUCAAAAUCACGGAUGAGGGAGAUUUGAAGCGUUUUGGCCUUCAAAUGUACAGUCACUACAAGCGACUGUCAGUCCCUCCUGCCAUUAUUACCAACAAAGUCGCGUGUGAACGCUACAUGCGUACUUUGGACUCUGAGUUCAGUACUGUCUUGCGAAAUGCUUUGGCUACGAGUCAAGUAUUCAACAAGCGCUACCAAACUCGCGCCGGGAUAGCAAACGCUAAUGUCCCCGCGACUGGAGUCAAUCGGCAGGACGACCCCAUCCAGCUGAAAGAACUAAUGACAAUGGCGGAAGAAAUGGCGUCGACGUUGAGCAACGAAGACGAAAUUCCCAUAAUCGCGCGACCUCCUAAGGUUCGCUUCGACUAUGAGACUAGUCCACCCAACCAUGCUAAGGUUGAGGAGUUGGAAAAUUCGAUUUCCAACUUGAAGGACUCAUUUCUUCUACACCAAAAAGAGCUACAGACUCAGUUGCAGGAAGCGCUGAAGACGUUUGUACAGACUGCUCGCGAAGCGCCUAUGCAGCGGUCGCGGCCAGUAGGCAACAACUCUUCUGUGCCCCACUUUGAAAGUCGCGCUGUAAGGGCAACCUCGAGGCCCGGUCUCAGAGUCCUGACAAGGGAGAGUCCAAAGAGAAACCGAGUUGGGGACUCUCCUUGUCAGGGCCCACUAUAUAUAGCCUACAGAACAAUGGAUGACCAAGCACAAUGGAAGCGCCAGACAAUGGGGCCAGGGAACAAUGAGGGGCCGGAUCGGGGGGAACAAUGGGAGCCGGGCCGGAGUGUCAUGUGGACGCGCUUGGCAGGGAAGUCCGGACCGGAGCAUGUGACGCUUGACAGAUGGCACGUGCGCGGUCACAUGCGAGAUCCCAUGAUGAUCGGACAAAAGCAGGGGUUCCCCUGA